AUGUUAUCUUUCACCCGAAUUUUCCUAUCCCCAUCAUCCUUGUCACCGGCCCUCUAUUAUCCUCUUCGCUUCCUCUUCCUCUUCUCACUUGCUUUCCUCAUCAACUCCGUCAUUACGUUUGCCGAAGCCACCCCAGUACCUCUAGGUAUCCCUCAGCCAUCCCGGAUACUCCAAUUCGAGAGAUGCUCAUCGGCCAAAACCUCCGGGUUCCUCUUCCGAGUCGGGUUAUACGAUUCACAGGGAGGUAAAACGACGAAAUUUGGCCAGGGGGUGUUGGUUGUCUGCAUCGGGAUGAACCAUUGUUUUGGGUAUACGACAACGACGACUACCGCUGGUGGUGGCGGUAGUAUCGCCCUAGGCGAAGGAAAGACAACAACGGAGUCUCUGGAGAUGCGUACCACCGACUAUCCAUCACGCCCGACUCGUCUAACAGCUCAGUCUCAGGAUGUGAUUUCCUUUCAGGAUUCAUCUGAUGAGAUCAGGAAAGAGACUGGACUGAAGAAACGCAAUGGAGAGGACAUGGACACAUUUUAUUUCCGUGUCUUGUUGGGGUAUAUGGCGGCGAAAGGUAUUAUUGGGAAUUACAACAGGGAGACGUACGGCAACAUGAUGAAUGCUUUGCAACUCGCUAGGGCGGGGAAGACAAAUGCCGCUAUGCUCGGUGCUUCCUCUUCUCUUCCUCCUUCAGGAGGCAGUGGUUCGACACAGCAGGCGCCGGCACACGACACUCCUGACACCAAUUUGCAGGGUGGGGGCGCAGCGGAUUACCCCCCAAGGAUAAGUUACCACCUUGUGUCAUCAUCUAUAAUCCGCGCGCUGUUUGAUGUACAACCAAGAGCUUUACAAGUUCAAACAAGGAAUCCAUCCAUGGUGAUCGCACAAAGGUGUACAAGUUUGUUAUUCAAGAAAUCGUCCAAAAGGACUUGCGAGAAACCAAAAAACUCUGAAUCGAAAGUCGGAGGGAAAUCGAGGACACCACACUCCUCUAUCUGCUCCAUCUCUUUCUACGAUCUCCUCCUCCUCCUUCUCUCCCAACCCAAAGUUCGACUCCCAACUCACCAACAACCUGAACAACAACUCGACCUCGACCAUCCCAUAUACCCCGGCAACGGCGUCACCGGAACCGCUGGAGUCGGAAGUGGUGUAUACACCGUCGAGGGAGUAUACACCAUAGAUCGCGUAUACACAGUCGAAGGUGUCCAUACCGGCGUCGCCAUCCACGAGAGCGGUGGCGGCGGCGGAGGUAGAACCCAAACUGGAUCAGGCCGAAUCGGAGGGAUGUAUUGUGGAGUCGGGGUGGGUCUGGGACGUCUGUUUGAGCGGAGAAAGACUUGGGGACCGCCUGUUGCCGGGGCUGCGGGUGCUGCUUGGGCGACGGGUGCAGUGGGUCUCUCGAAAGGCGUUGGUGGAGGUGCUGGUACAGCCGGUGCCGGUGCUAGUGUAUUCGGUUCAUUUGAUACACCAACCCAGUCCAAGGACCCGGAGAAGCGUAAUAAUUCCAAGACGGUUUUGCAAGGGAAUAGCAAGAGACGGAGUGUGGUGACGCCUCUCCUCGUGCUCCCAGUGUUCCCUCGUGGGGGCGCGGAACUGUUCCAUAUAAGGAAGAAACGGUACCGCAUGGUACACUCCACUGUGCUCAGCGAGGUUCAGCGCAGCAAGAGACAGUCACAAAGCAGCCUAGAUGUCAAGCAGCGACAAUCAGAUUCAUGGAAAGCUUUCAAGUUUGAGCUCAGUUUGGAACAGGGCUAA